CAGCCGGCGGACUGCUACACGCCGUUGUCCGGAUUGAUGCCUUGCGCGGACUUCCUCACCAGCACCAGCGUGUCGGCGCCUCCAAGCGCGUGUUGUGACGGACUCAAGUCGGUCGUAAGCGAUGCGCCGAUCUGCAUCUGCCACUUCAUUAACGGCGACUUCAGCAAGCUUCUGCCGGCGCCCAUGAGACGCCUGCGCAUGAUGCAACUCCCGCGCAUGUGUGGCGUCGCCUUACCACGUGACACACUUCGCAAGUGCAUCAGGGGACCUGUGCCGCCCAUGAACCCUCCAUCGUCGACUCCACCAGCGAUACCAGUGGCAACGCCGCCAGAAUCACCGAUGACUCCUCCACCAACACCAGUGGCAAUGCCGCCGAAAUCAGCAUCGACUCCACCGACAACAGUGGUAACACCACCCGAAUCACCAUUGACUCCUCCAACACCAGUGCCAAUGCCGCCAGAAUCACCAUCGACUCCUCCACCGACACCAAUAGCAACGCCACCGGAAUCACCAUCGACUCCACCCGCACCAGUGGCAAUGCCGCCGGAAUCACCAUCGACUCCACCACCGAUACCAGUGGCAACGCCGCCGGAAUCACCAUCGACUCCACCACCUGCACCAGUGGCAACGCCGUCGGAAUCACCAUCGACUCCACCCGCACCAAUGGCAACACCGCCGGAAUCACCAUCUACUCCACCACCGACACCAGUGGCAACGCCACCGAAAUCACCAUCAACUCCACCACCUACACCAGUGGCAACGCCACCGGAAUCACCAUCGACUCCACCAGCACCAGUGACAACGCCGCAGGAAUCACCAUCGAUUCCACCACCGGCACCAGUGGCAACGCCUCCGGAAUCGCCAUCCAUGUCUCCACCGUCAACACCACCGGUGACAACGCCACUGGCAUCACCGUAG